AUGUGUAAAAUGACAAGAACAUCAGGAAGUAGAAGUCGAUCAAGGAGUCGACCUCCACGCUCUGUAUCACAUUCAAGAAGUCGACGCUCUUACUCUUCAUAUUCUUCACGUAGUGGCUCUUAUACUAGUAGUCGUAACUCUUCUAGAUCACCGCCACCGCCAACCUCCUCUUCACAUCAUCAUAGUUAUACCUCUUCACGUAGACAACGACGUUCCUCUUUGUCUCCUGUACUUCCUACAAAAAUUAUGGUUAAUAAAUUAACAAAAAAUGUCAAAGAAGCUCAUUUACAAGAAAUAUUUGGUGCAUUUGGUAGGAUUAAUCGAAUAGAAGUAUUGAUUGACGAAAAAUGGCAAACAAAUAGAGGUACAGCCUAUAUCAAUUUUGAAACUAGAAAUGACGCAGAAAGAGCUAUAAGUUAUAUGGAUGGGGGCCAACUUGAUGGAAAUAUGUUAUCUUGUACAUUGGUUCCACGUCGUCAACCAUCACCACCUCCAAUUAGACCGAUUACGAGGUACAAUUCACCACCACCAUUUCGACGAUUUACGGCUAGUAGUUAUCGUGGACGCGGAAGAUCUCCACCAAGAAGAUAUUCUAGAUCAAGAUCAAGAUCACCACCAGUUCGUCGUAGAAGGUCUUAUUCUUACAGUUCUUACAGUUCACAUUCAAGUCAAUCCGAUUCCUCUAGAAGUCAUAGUAGAAGCUAUUCACCAAAAAGUCAUUCUCAUACCCACUCUCCUCAAAGUGCAAAUCAUAAUCGUCAUUAA